AUGAGGAGUUUUGCACUUCUUUUCCUAGUAGUGACCUGUGGCAUAGGAGGAUUGGGACAGAAGCUGAAGCCAAAGAAAAGAAGCAAUGGUGAAGAAAUCAAUUUUCGGACUAAAACCAAAGAUCCUUGCAAAAUGAGCAUAAGUGGAGAUGAGGAGAUGAACCUUAGGAUUGAGUGCAAAAGCCAAGACAUGUCCUACUGGUGUGAAUUCACUGGCAAGCCAUCCGUCUGUCGUUCCUUCAGAAACAAUCCGAAGAUUUACUGGAAUCAGAUUGCUAUGGAACUUAGAAAGCUCCCACAUGCUUGCGAAUCCACAGAAGUGUUGAAGAUCACCAUGUGCCAAAAGGCUCCCACUGAGGCUCUCAUGAAGCAAAUAGCUACUGGUAUGGAGCCAGAAGAUCUAGCAACUUCCACUUCUGUGACAGGAGAAGCAAAAAGCCCUGUUAAGAAACCUCCAAUGUUACCUCUUAUAAGAGCAACCCAACAUGGGCAAGGGUCCGAGAAUGAAACAGAAGCAAUGAAACUGGCACGGGAACAUUGCUGGGAAUCCCUGCAUGGUUUCUGCUCCUACAUCAUUGGCAUCUUUAGAGGUUAA